UUUAUUUUAUUGAAUGCGAAAAUAUUGACUAAUACUUUAGCUGCUAAUUCUCCAUCCUUUCCUCUUCUUCAUUCUUCAGCCUUGAUUACUAGCACACACUGCUUUCUCUUGAAUCUCUUCAUUUUGCUUCUUUAUCAAAUUCACUGACAAACCCUUGAAACCCCUAACUUCUCUCUCUCUCCAGCCAACUCUCUAGGGCUGUUCUCUACCCUUCAUCGCUGCCAGGAUCUUGUUAAGGUUUUGAGAAAACUCUUCAUAUUCCAGACUUACAAUGGUUCAUUUGUUCUUGACGGAACCCAAUUGGAAUGAUGUUGGAGCUUAUGACUCUACCAAGCUUAGAAUAUCUCUCUUAAGUAAGUUGGAGUCUGUGGUUCAGUCCUUCUUGAUAUCUAAAGGUCGAUCGGAAGCUCGGCUAUGGCUUUGUAAGACGAUUUCUGGCAUAAGUACCAUUGCCUGCCGCCAUCAAUGUGAGAUGUUUAUGGACUUACUGAGGUCUAAGCCAAUAAAGUAUAGUUUAGCAUCUCAGCUCCUUGAAAUGAUAUUCGACAAGAUGCCACAAAAAGCAGGGUAUCUCAUAUCCAAGAAAAGUUACAUACUAGAGAAAUUCUUUGAAGGCCACCCAACACGAAUAUUUAAGUGGUUCUCUAAUUUUGGUGCAACUGGUGGCGGAAUAGAGCAUGGAAAAGGUGCUAAGGCAUUAUCCAAGUUUGCUUUCAUAAAUCGAGAUAUAUGUUGGGAGGAACUUGAGUGGAAGGGAAAACAUGGGCAAUCACCAGCAGUGGUUGCGACAAAGCCCCAUUACUUUCUUGAUUUGGAUGUUCAAAGAACUGUGGAGAAUUUUCUUCAAAAUGUUCCUGAAUUCUGGUCAUCCAGUGAGUUUGCUGAGUCACUAAAAGAUGGUGAGAUUUUGUUCAUUGAUAGAAACUUCUUUCGAGAUUAUUUUAUUGAUAUGAUGUAUAAGGAAAAGUCAAGAGAUGUAUGGAAUGCCAUCACCGAGUUCCUAACAGAGGAAUCUUUCUCUUACCUGUGUCAGCACCUUCUUAUUACUCUUGAAGAGCAGGACUUGUAUGAAUUUCUGAAAUUGCUUCAAAGAUAUCUUCAACCUAGUAUGGAGCAUAAGGAUUUAGGUAACUCGUCGUGUAUGUUUGAGAUAAUUCUUUCCAAGUGCAGUGAUUUUGGGUCUUUUGAUCAGAUAUUAUUAUUAAAUGCGCUGCUGACUAAAAGACGUGAGCUUCUACGCCUUUUAAGUGAUGAGGAAGCAGAAGCAGAAACCAAAGAUAUAGUGUCCCAAAUUUUUGCUAUCCCUGAUCAAGAAAAUAGCUUGGCAACAAUCAUAAAAGGGUGCUUCAAACUGAAGACAGUAGAAGCAUUUAAAUGGCUGGUGCUUCAGUCAUGGGCCUUUUAUUGCAGGCUUUUAGAGGGACGCCAGACGGUUGAGUCUUGGGAGUCAUUCUUCACGAAAAAUGCAAUAAGUUUUCGCAGAUCUAAUUCAUAUACUUUACUAAAUGAUGAUGGAGUAUCUGAAGAAUGUGCCUCUGACUUGGACCAUGGAGUGUCAAAAAAAUCCAAGCACAGGAGAAAAAGUAGUAAGAAAAAGAGGAGGAAACUUGACCGUGACAAUAAAUAUGAUAAUGAGUUUCUUGAUUUCAAUACUACGAAUGAUGGGUUGGAUCUACAAUCUAACAGUGAAACUUUUUUUCUUUCGACUGAUGAGUACUCUACAUCAUGGAGCAUUGUCGAUCUACCAGAACAUCUUUCUCAGCAUUGUUUGUCAACAUGGAUGAGGUGGAUUUUGGUAAAAGUGGGUUGAGUGGAUUGAUUCGACAAUGGAGUUUUUAGAUGUAUUCUAUUCCUGCUGUACUUAGACCUCACAUUCUUUUGAAGCCUGGUGCUAUUUCUUGCUGAUUUGCUUGUUUCAAGAAUUAAAAGGUGGAACCCUGCACAACCUUUAUUGUAAUUUGUAAUACAAAGUCUAAUUUUAUCUAACAGGGUUAAUUGUGACAAAAUUACCCAAAUUUUAUAAUUUGGUACGCUUAAAUACUCGAACUUUAUUCUAGCGGCUACUCUGCCCUAACUGUAUUAUUUGUUACACUUAGAUUCGUUUGGUACGUUAUAUUACAUCGUAUUGUAUUGUAUAGUAUUAUAUUAAAUUAUAUUUUGUGUAAUAUUUUUAUGUAAAA